AUGCAUUCCCUGGAGGAGCCCCUGGACCUCAAGCUGAGCAUCUCCAAGCUGCGAGCUGCCCGCGAGAAGCGGGGCCCCUCCGGCCCUCGGCCCCGUGCUCCCCAGCGCCCGGACACCCCGCCGGCCGGGGAUGGCCGAGGGGGCAGCCGGGGGGGUCGCCGGGCCGUGCCAGCCCCGCCGUCCCCCGGGCUCCUGGGACACUCUAGGCUGGUGGAGCCGCGGGAUGGACGCUUUCCGGCCGCCGUGCCGGUGGUGGACCUCAGCCUUUCGCCCCGCUCCGGGGGGGAAUCUCCAGCUGGCAGUGCCUCGCUGUCUCCUGAGCUCCAGGGCAGCGGGGACCUGCCCGGUCCCCUCACCCCACACGUAAGUAUGGCCGAUUUCCAGUCCCUGCGCUACAUCGAUGGCCUCCCCAGCUCCUUCCAGUUCUUCCUGCCGCUGGGGGCUGGGGGUGCCCUGCACCUGCCUCCCACCGCCUUCCUGCCCCCCAGCAAGGAGAAGCGGCUCCCCCCUGAGCUGCCCCUGCCCAAACAGCUUGUCUGCCGCUGGUCCAAGUGCAACCAGUUCUUCGACCUCCUGCAAGACCUGGUGGACCACGUCAAUGACUUCCAUGUCAAACCCGAGAAGGACGCGGGGUAUUGCUGCCACUGGGAGGGCUGUGCCCGCCAUGGCAGGGGCUUCAAUGCCAGGUACAAGAUGUUGAUCCACAUCCGGACGCACACCAACGAGAAGCCACAUCGCUGCCCCACCUGCAACAAGAGCUUCUCCCGCCUGGAGAACCUGAAAAUCCACAACCGCUCGCACACAGGUGAGAAGCCCUACAUCUGCCCCUACGAAGGCUGCAACAAGCGUUACUCCAACUCCAGCGACCGCUUCAAGCACACCCGCACCCACUACGUAGAGAAGCCCUACUCCUGCAAGAUGCCGGGCUGCCACAAACGCUACACCGACCCCAGCUCCCUCCGCAAGCACAUCAAAGCCCACGGCCAUUUUGUGUCCCCCGAGCACCCGGAGAUGCUCAAGGUGCACCCGCCUCCCAAAACGCCCCUGGGCUCGGCGGAGGUGCCCUACGUUAACGGGGCGCAGCUCGUCAUCCCCAACCCCGCUGCCCUCUUCGCUCCGCCGGGGCUGCCGGCGCUGCCCAUCCCUUUGGCACCGGCACCGCUCGACCUCAGCGCCCUGGGCUGCGGGGCUGCGGGCGCCCUGCCCGCUCUGCCCGGCCCCGUCCUGCCCCUCAACGGCGGCCCCCUGAACUUGGCCAAGAGCCCGCUGCUGCCCUCGCCCUUCGCGGCGGGGCUGGGGCUGCCCGUCAUGUCGCUGCUGGCCGGCGGGGCCAAGGCCGAGGGGGAGAAGGGCGGCGGGGCUGAGGGGCGGACGCCCAAGGCGGGCAAGGGGCUGGAGAGCCGGAAGGAGAGGGGCGAAAGGACGGAGCCGGGGCGGCCGCGGGUGCCCCCCGAGAGCCUGGCACUGCUGCCGGGGGCCGUGCUCGACCUCUCGGCCGGUGUCAGCUCGGGGGGAAGCCCCGAGGCGCUGCCCCCCGGCUGGGUGCUCAUCCCUCCCGGCUCCCUGCUGCUCAAACCCGCCGCCGUCAACUGA